CAAUCUGGAUGGUGAAGCUUUCAACUUUGCCGUGAAAAAGGUAUCGUUCUUCGUGCUACACUCGCAAACGCUUCAAUUUUCGAUAUUCAGCUUGGAAAAACUUGGCUACAUUGUCCAAGCCGGCAUAUCGGAAAAUCUACGCGGAUGACGCUAACCAGGGAAAGUCAUCAUACUCCUUCGAACUUUCAUCCCUCGGUAGAUUCACGCAAGAUAACUCGUACGAUAUCUAGUAUCUGAUAUCUCCACUCAGUAUAAUCGCCAGAGCCUAAUUCUUCUGAUCCUUCUUCAGUAUAGUCGCUCACACGGACCAUGUCAGGCCUCAAAACUUCCAUCCUCCUCCCUCUAUACAUCUAUCCUCUCCCUAAGGCAUGGGAUUCUCUAUACUCAGCCAUCGAAUCCCAUCCCACUCUUGACUUCACAAUUAUCAUCAACCCAAACAGCGGACCUGGCAAAGACGCGCUCCCGGACGAAGACUACUCCCGUGAGAUCGCGCGGCUGAACAAAUAUCCAAAUGUUUACCUGGUCGGCUACGUUCGCGUAAAUUGGUGUAAGCGCGAUCUGGAGAAGGUCUGCAAGGACGUCGACAAGUACGCGGCCUGGGGCAAGCAUGGAAAUGGAGAGUUCACGAUGGGUGGCAUCUUCUUCGAUGAAUCGCCAAAUGAGUUCAAGGAGAAGAGAAAGGUGUUUAUGGAUGCUGCCGAUGCCAGGGUCAAAAACGCCGAUGGACUAGGGGGUUUUAGAUUGGUAAGUUCCCUUUUGGACUGUCUCCUGACUACAGUGUCGAUGGUUUAUUCACGUGCUACAGACGAUUCACAAUCCCGGCACGGUUCCGGAUACUGAAUACGCCAACCCUGGACCGGAUCUGACAACAGUCUUUGAGACCGAAUACAAACAUUUCAAAGAUCCCGAAGUACAGCAACGUUUAACGAACCUGCUCCGAUAUGACAGAGAUCGAUGUAGUUAUAUGGUUCUGUCAGUGCCGAAAUCUGACGUCCCAGAUUUGGUCAAAGAGUUGAAGCGCAGAGCAAAGUAUCUCUUUGUUUCUGAGAGUAAAAGAGGAUGGUAUGAGAAGUUCGGUGAUGGAUGGCAUCGGUUCAUCGAGGCUGUGGCAGCGGAUGCAUGAGUCUCGGUGUGAUAUGUGAGUGUUCGGUGGGUGGCUCAAGGCUGUAGAUUGUGACUUGAAAAUCAAGUUGCACUCGAUAAUGGGUGUACUUCUUGAAGAAACCAUCCAAAGUACAAUAUCUUUUGCAUGUG